CUGCCUUUUUUUUCCUCCAGUACUGAAAUUAAGCAUCCAACGUAGGCCUACUCUUACGACAUGUGACUUGACUUUACUGUUUUCCGUUUUUGAUGAAAGAGUCAUGAACAGUUAGAAGUUGAUGGCAAUUUCAGUAACAACUCAUCACCAAGAAAAGGAGGAUCCUGGACCCAGGACUUCAGCAAGUCACGCCUUCCUCAUUAGGCAUUUGUUUGUCUCUUAUCACGACUUCCUCUGCUGGAUAACCCUGUACUAUGCAGAAAUCUACGAAUUCUGAUACCUCUGCGGAAACACUGAAUUCCACCCGCCAAGGCACCAGAGCUGUGCAAAUGAGAAUCAAAAAUGCCAACAGCCACCACGACAGGCUGAGCCAAAGUCAAUCCAUGAUCCUUACCGACAUUGGGAAGGUCACUGAACCUAUAUCCCGGCACAAAAGAAAUCAUUCACAGCACAUCUUAAAAGAUGUCAUUCCUCCCCUGGAACAAUUGAUGGUUGAAAAAGAAGGUUAUCUUCAAAAAGCUAAAAUUGCAGAUGGAGGAAAGAAGCUAAGGAAAAACUGGUCUACUUCCUGGAUUGUCCUUUCUAGUCGAAAAAUUGAAUUUUACAAAGAAUCCAAGCAACAGGCUCUGUCUAAUGUGAAAACUGGGAACAAACCAGAAAGUGUGGAUUUGUGUGGAGCACAUAUUGAAUGGGCCAAGGAAAAAUCAAGCAGAAAGAAUGUCUUUCAGAUUACAACAGUAUCAGGAAAUGAGUUCCUUCUACAGUCAGAUAUUGACUUCAUCAUAUUGGAUUGGUUCCACGCUAUCAAAAAUGCAAUUGACAGAUUGCCAAAGGAUUCAAGCAGUCCAUCAGGAAACCUGGACUUAUUCAAAAUCCAGAGAUCCUCCAGUACUGAAUUACUAAGUCACUAUGAUAGUGAUAUAAAGGAACAGAAACCAGAGCACAGAAAAUCUUUAAUGUUCAGACUGCAUCACAGUGCUUCCGAUACAACCGACAAAAACCGAGUUAAAAGCAGAUUAAAGAAGUUUAUCACCCGAAGACCUUCCCUGAAAACUCUGCAAGAAAAAGGUCUUAUUAAAGAUCAAAUUUUUGGCUCUCAUCUGCACACAGUGUGUGAACGUGAACAUUCCACAGUUCCACGGUUUGUAAAGCAGUGCAUUGAAGCUGUCGAAAAAAGAGGUCUAGAUGUUGAUGGGAUAUAUCGAGUGAGUGGCAAUCUGGCAACAAUACAGAAGUUAAGAUUUAUUGUCAACCAAGAAGAGAAGCUGAAUUUGGAUGACAGCCAGUGGGAGGACAUCCACGUUGUCACCGGGGCACUGAAGAUGUUUUUCCGGGAGCUGCCUGAGCCGCUCUUCCCCUACGGCUUCUUUGAGCGGUUUGUGGAAGCGAUCAAAGAGCAAGACAACACCACAAGAAUUGAAACUAUAAAAUCUCUUGUACAAAAACUCCCUCCACCAAAUCGUGACACCAUGAAAGUCCUCUUUGGACAUCUAACUAAGAUAGUGGCAAGAGCCUCCAAGAACCUGAUGUCCACCCAAAGCUUAGGGAUUGUAUUUGGACCUACCCUUCUGAGAGCUGAAAACGACACGGGGAACAUGGCAAUCCAUAUGGUGUACCAAAACCAGAUCGCCGAGCUCAUGCUGAGUGAGUACAAUACGAUCUUCAGCUCGGCAGAAGACUGACAGACAAGACAAGUUACUGAAUAUAUUCACAUCUGUCUUGAUGCCUAAUAUUUUUACAUUUCUGUAAACAUAUUUCUGAAAUAUUUUUUUCCUUUCAAGCGACAGAUGCCUCAUUUUGUGAAAACUUAAUGAUGAUUUUGUGUUUAAGUUCCAAACAUUUGAAUAAAAUAGUUGACAAUA